AUGGUAAGUAUCAUUGAACAAUACACCAGGACUUGUCCACAAUGUCAACGUAACAAACAUUCACGGGUACUCCGUCCUGGUAUUUUCCAACCACUAGCUGUUCCAUACUGCCCCUGGUCUUCAAUUGGUAUUGAUUUUGUUUCCGGUAUGAAAGAAGCACAUAACUUCGACUGUGUACUAGUUGUUAUCGAUCGUUUAACGAAAAUGGCACGAUUUAUUCCAACGAAAAAGACGAUCGACACUAGUGACUGUGCUGACCUUCUAAUCAACCAUAUUAUCUGUCAUCAUGGUGUUCCAGACGAAAUUGUAUCCGAUAGAGAUAGGCUGUUUACUGGGGUAAAAUUUGGGACCGUCUCAGACAAAGACUACGAAUUCACCUUAAAUUCACCACAUCGUAUAACCCAGCCUCCUGAACGAACUAAUGACACUAUGGGAAAGAUCAUAGCAAGUUAUACUAACCAACACGCCACUGACUGGCCAAUGUAUUGGUCUGUCGCUGCUUUUGCCUACAACAACACCUACCAGAGUAGUAUCAAAACUACUCCCUUCUUCCCUAGCUAUGGUUUCCAUCCAAAGCUACCUGGCUUUACCAACCCCAUUCUUGAUCACUCACAGAACAAUAACGAACAGCAAACCCCUGGUACCUCACAAUCCAACUUAGACUAUCACCUUCAAGCACUUCAAAACAUUAUGGUAUCGAUAUAA